CAAGUGGAUGGUACAUUCCUUACCGGCAAGUACAAGGGCACUCUACUGAUUGACAGUGGGGUGGAUGCAAACAAACAAGUCUUUCCGUUAGCCUUCGCCAUUGUUGAGGGAGAGAAUACUGAUAGCUAUGGAUGGUUUUUCCGGCAAAUUCAGCUCCACGUCACUAGGAGGACGAACCUGACAAUAAUCUCUGAUCGCCAUGCCGGGAUUAGAGCUGCCAUCUUAGGUUUGGAUCCAGCCUGGAAAUGGUCCCAAAGGUGGUGCAUAUGACACUUCAAGAGCAACUGGAACCAUCAUUUCAAGCGGAAGAAGCUUGCUGAUAAUUUGUGGUGGAUUGCUGUUGCAUACCAGGAGAAAAAAUUAUAGGAGAAGUUGCAGAAGAUUCGCGAGUUAUGCCCUGAGGGGGCACGGUGACUGGAUGGACACGACCUAUCCAUGUGGACAUUUCAUAAAGACGGAGGUACAAGAUGGGGUAUGGCCAAAACGAAUUCAUCAGAGAAUAUCAAUUCUGCCUAUAAGGGUGUUCGGGCGCUGCCAAUCUCUGCCAUUGUGGAGAUGACUUUCUGGAAAACGAAUGGAUGGUUCGUCAAUCGACUACACUGGACAAGGAUGAACGAGGCACAGGUAAAGGUCCAUGCCAAUAAAGUCACAGAAAUACUGGAGCAUGACAAUCGGAAGAGUAGUCGACAUAGUGUAAUCGUUCUGAAUCGGGCAACUGGCGAGUUUAGCAUGACGACCGGACACCGUGAGGAUGGUAGACGCGGGGGCCAUCGUCAUGAAGUUUUGGUAAAUUUCAGGACAAAACUUGGUGAGUGCUCAUGCCAGAAGUAUCAGGGGAGAGGGUGGCCAUGUUCUCAUGCAAUGGCUGUAAUUAAAAACAGGAGCAAAGACCCCCGUCACUUCAUCAGUCCAUUCUUCAAUAUCGACUCACUCAAAAAUUGCUAUGGACGUAGUUUCCGUGCAUUGCCUGAUGAAGCUUACUGGCCGGUCUAUUCUGGAAAGUUGAUAAUCCCGCCGUUCGGUCAGAGGCGUGAACCGGGUCGACCGAGGAAAAAGAGAAUUCAAAACGAAAUGGAUCAAAGUGGAAGACCACCACAAGGCCCAAGACAAUGUUCAGUAUGCAGAGUUCCAGGGCAUGAUAAACGGAGUUGUCCAGGUCUAAUUGGUCCGCAAAAUCCGGGGCCUGAUGUG